GGGGGAGGAAAGAAGAAAGGGGUUAGGGAGGGGAAGGAAGAAAAGGAAGGAAACGCUUGCAGACAAACCCCCCGAAAUUGAAAAACUCCCUCUAUACGGUUGUCAUUAAUCCAUCCAAUCAGAUCAUUGGCGGAAGUAAAUACGUUUAAGCCACGUGCGAGAUCAAAGUUGACAUUUCGAUUUCUACGUGCGACAUGGAAAUAAGUUGAUCAUGAAAUGAACCCUAAUGACAACUGCAGGUUAUGCAAAUGCAACUUUAAGGUCAAAUUCGGUAACUCGAAACAAGCAAGCCACAUAUCUACCGAAAAUCUAUUCAAACCGUCGAAUAGAAAAGGAAGCCAAGGAGAGAUUUUAGCCGAGAUCUGCAAGAAUGUUGGACUUAUAGUGGUGAAAUCUGAAGGUGACUCGUCUCGUGUUUGUAAUCCAUGUGCUCGCAAAAUUCGAAAUGUUGGUUCGAUGUACAGUUUUAUUUUAAAAACUCUCUACAAUCGUCUACACCUACAACAGCAGUAUCAACUCCAGUGAAACCAAAUCCAGCAAGGAAACGCUUCUUAACGUCACCAGAAGGAAAGAGUCCUGCCCGCAAAUCGGUUCGUGUUUUGUCACCAAACGUAAACAAAGAGAACAAACCUACGAGAUCUAGGAAAACCCUUGCAUUCGAUAAUCAACAAGACAACGUGGAUCAAAACCUUAAUAUCGACGAUCUCCCUGAAUGUGGACUGCAAGUUAAGGUUGUCUUGCGAACCGAGUCUGGCAACGUACUCGUGAGAAUCCCCCGCGAAGAGGACUCGAAACGUUUGGUCCGACAUAUUUGCGAGAAGAAAUGGCACGCUGUUGCAAAUGCUCUCAUGAAACAUUCGGAGAUGUAUUCAGAAGUUGUAAAAGCAGUCAGCAAAAUCGCCGCAAAUGAAACCGCAAAUUAUGUAAAGACCGAGAGUCUGUUGUUGGCAACAAAGCCUGACGAAAUUAUUGGGUUCUCUAGCAAGAUAUUCGUAGAAGAACUGCGAGUGUUUUGCCCAAUGUUUUACAACAUAGUUGUUCAUGCUAGUUGCCUACAGUCGAACGAUGUCAAAAGCACAGGCACCAACACAAAUAAUGUGGCCCUUGCAUCUGCUAUUAUUUGCAAGCUAAGGAAUCCGAAAGCGUCAGCCCUUCAUCACAGGAUUUCCACUGUACUAUUUCAUAGUGGGACCAAGCACGACGAUCUUGUGAAAUUGAAUAAACUUGGUGUUUGUAUGUCCCCGAAACAAAUGGUUUGUUCGCAGGUGGAGAUGGGCAAGCAGCUUGAAGGAAAAGUUUGCGUUUGGAAAGCGCAAAUAGAAGAGCAAACAGGAGCUCAGUUGUUGCUCAAAGAAGUGCAAAUGAAGCAGGCAACAAGAAAGGAGGAAGAUGAUAUGGAUAUUGUAUCACAAAUAAAACUGGACGAAGAAACAGUGUCGAAAUACAAGACUUUCAGUCAACGAGGACACACACGUCUUCUUAAGGAAAUUGCAACUGUACAGCGUGAAGAAGAGCUAUCCACCUGUACAGAUGAAGUUUUGGAUGCUGUUGAGAGUAAACUGGAUAAGAGCAACAUGCCACUUUACAGAAUUGUGGGAGACAACAUAGACAAUGAAAAGUAUGUGCGUGUCCAGACCAAAAAGCACAUGAAUCGGUCUAUCCAUUGGACCCACCAGUUUGCUGUUCUGGAUAGGGUACAAGUCCCCAAUAUGGAAGAUACCAAAAGUCAGAGGCUUGUCAAAGAUUUGCAGUUCCGGGAACUUCUUCCUGACGUGAAGGUCCACACCAACUUGUUGAAGCGGUGGGCUGUGCUUGUUAGCAGAAUUGUCACCAAGUACAUGCAGUAUUUUGGCUCUCUCAAGAAAUGUACAAUCCACCACAUCAAACAUAAGCAUACACAAGAAAUAGCACCCCGUUCUGUUGUGUGUUGUUUAGGAAUGGAAUUCUUAAACCCCAACGUAGCUGGAGACAUGGCUCAGCUUAUGCAACACAACCAGAAAAAGUAUGUGCCAACGCUUGGUGACAGUUGAGAGCCAUUGAUUUGUGUACCAAUGCAUGGAGACCAGCUCUACGAAGAGAGAUCUAGAAAUGUGAAAUGGUCAUUUCGAGAUGGUCUGGAUCCGCUUGAGCAAUUACACGGACUGGAUACUAAGUUUGCCGACUGGCAUGCCAAGUAUACACUAUAUAAGUUUGAGUACAAAUUGUUUGUGGAUCAUUCAUCUGCUGGUGAGAUUGGGACAAGCAUGGCAAGCAUCAAUCGCACAGGCAAAACAAAUGCAGCCAAAGGAGUAGAGAAUCACUACAACGAAUACAGUGAGUUCCACUCAAGAGAAACCGAAGCCAUUGGCACCAUUGCCUACUGGCAUCAUUCAUGGAGCACAUGGGGAUGAAAAACUUAGAUGAUUCCCCCAAUGGUGUAACUCUACCUGACUCCGAUGCUCCUGGACCCACAAAAGGAAAAUGGCUGCUAGAUGUUUGUGAGGAGCAUGUUAAGAGAUUUGUCUUCAAUGCUGGUGAAAUGACUGGCCUAGUUGAACAAACAGAUCAACUCCAGCAAGAAGAGAGUGGCAGGUGGGUUUGCAGAGCUGAAGACUGUGAUGCCUCAUAUAAAUUGCAUUCAGGAAGAGUGAGGUAUUCAAAAAUAAAAACAAAACAUAAAUAGAGCACGAAUAAUAAGCAUGUACAAGUAUAAUGUGGAAUGGAUUGGGUAAAAAGAGCAAAUAAAGAAAUUAUUCACUUCAACCCCUCUAUUAGACUGUUAGUAUGAACAGAUUUGAGUGAUAGUCCGUCAUGGCCUAUCCUCCUACAAUGGUGUAGAUGAGCGUGAUCCACUUGGGUAUUACUACUGCAGAAUAGGCUGUGGAGAAGUCUUCAAAAGCAAAACCACACGGAAAAGACAUGAAGUGGGCAUACAUAAUGAGACUGUUCCACAAGAAGAGAUCCCCCAGGAAGAAAAAGUCGUUGCUCAAGAUUAUUUGUGCAAUUACCAUAGUACCAAACUUACAUUUGGAUUAAUUGUGAUGGAGUUUGAAGAUGCAAUCAAAGAAGGUGAUGGGGACAGGCUCUUUGAUAUUUACAAGGUUGCCCUUCUCUUGUUUAAGACCAAUGGCAACUAUAUAAGUAUGCCUAUGUUGUCCUCUUACAUCUGGUGAAAUGCAUAUGUUUCCUCCCAGAGAAACAGGCUUACAGUGCAAAGUGGAAUAGAUUUUUUAAUGGGAAUGGUAAGCAAGGAGGAAACAUACCCCUAGAUUUGAAAAAGGAGCAGCAAAAUAGAGUACUGAAAUCCAUGUGACGAUCAUUGGGACCAAAUUUAGAUAAAGUCAAUGCAGAAAGGGUUGCUGGAACUUUAGAGGCAGUUGACAGUAUUUACCAGUCUAUUAACAAUGAUUGUAAUACAAGUAUCAGAGGCCACAGGACUUCUUCAAAGGACAGAGAGGCUGUGGUACAAAUCACGGAUGACCUUGUAAGUCAGUCUGCCUUUAUCAAGACAGAUGGCCGAAAAGGACCCCUUCUUUUCCAGAGUUUAAAAGAAGCCUUUUUCACAACCUAGAUUAUCGUGACCUCCAUAAAUGGAUAAAAGAACAUGUGGAACUGUGGGGCACAAUCUAUGAAAAAUAAUUCGACAUUCAAAAUAUAUUAUCAGACCUUUCCCGAAUCCAGUGGGAAGAACAGCGAGUAAAUCGCCUUCUGUAUACAGCUGCUUUAACGAAGAUUUUUGUUCUUCACGUAACACUCGGGAGAAUCCGCGGUCUGCUAGAUAUUGUAAUGCUUUCUCUAACUCACUCUCAAAGUCCGCCAUAUUUUGCCGAUGAAUAGCACUCUGCCGGAAGUGGCCGUGACGCGGAUAUGACUGGACAGCCAAUCAGACGCCCCGUUCGCUGGCGAACGGUGUUUUUCAAAUUCGGGGGGGGGGGUUUGUCUGCAAGCGUUUCCUUCCCUUUCCUCCCUUCCCCCUCUUCCCUUCCCUUCACUCCCCUCCCUUCCCCCUUCCCCUUUCCCUUCCCUUCACUUCCCUUCCCAUAAACACAUUUAGUAAACAUUCUCAAUCACUACACCUGUAGUGCUCAUAUACUUUUAGUAAACCACACGGACCUAGUGCACAUAUAUACAUUUAGUAAACCAAGCGGAAACGCUUGCUACGCAGGCUACGAUUUUCACGGUAAGUCGCCAAUUAGCAUAUCUCUCUCCCUGAUAUACUAUAAUUAUUUCGAAUAAAAUCGUAUUGUCGCUUUCGAGUUGAAACACAGGUAGUAAUAUAGGCAAAUAUGUUUAUCUAUAAUAUGUUUACCGGAGGUGUUUACCAUACUUACCCUUGACGGGCAUACUCAAACCUAAGAAUGUGACUUUGUUCCUUUCCCUCACCAGCUCACUUAUUAUUGUCAGUGGCGUGCAGGAAACGAUAAUUAGGGGGAUGGCGAUA